CGCUGAGGUGUGGGACGCGUGCUCGGCCUCGCGCCUUGCGGUGGCGGGAAAACUGAGUCGAGGUCGUGGCGGCUUGCUGAGUCACUGCCGUGUCGCCUCACCUUUCGGCCCGCGACACCCUACAAGGCACAAAGGAAGCAUAGCUUCUGAAUUGAACGAUGACAACAUUACAGAAUAAUGAAGGUAAGAAAGGACCAAAGAAGACCUUUGCACCACCUGCCCAAAAAUUGCAUAGUUUGGUGUUUGAGAGUCCUAACUCACCCAUGGAAGGGACGUCAGGGAACGUAUCUGCAGAGGCAGAGGGCAAGCCAAAUCUGCUAGUGGCCAACUUACAGAAGAAGGAGAAAACAUCUACCAAGAAUGAUCCAAGCAGGGGCCGGGAGGAAGAAGGAAAGGUGCAAGCCAGCAAGCCAGCAAAGAAUGGAAAGACUGGUGGGAUAAUUUCUCCUCGACACUCAGCUAAUAAGCAAGCAGAGAAGAAAGAAAAGAUAAAGUCAAGUCUUACCGAUGAAGAAUUUGAGGAUAUUGUCAAGAUAGUACUACAGAAAUACUGUCAGAAGCACUUGGGAGGGAUGGAAUCUAGCCUUGAUUUUGCAGAGACCGCCUGUACUCAGUCCAUAGAAUGUACCCAAUUAGACAAAGAACCAGACAAAGAACCUUCUACUAAUAAUGGUGAUGCUGACAGAGAGCAGGUAGUGAAACCUCAUUCUCCAGAGUUAUCAACCUCUCAGGAAAAUGUAAUGAUUCCUGAGGUAAAGACAUCUGCAUCAGGGCAGCCAGAUCCUUCACCUUCUGAGAAGAAGAAAUUUGAUAAACUCCUCUUAAGCAAAAAAAAGAAAAAAAUUCAAAAUGAUAUAAUGGUGAAAGUUCAAAAUGAACAGAACAAUCACAAAGACCAACCAAAGAAAAUAGUUGAACCUCAUUGUCAGAUCAGGGACCAGCAAAAAGGAGAAGGAAGUGGUUUUGAUCAGUGUCUAGUCUGGGUACAGUGUUCGUCAGCAAACUGCAAGAAAUGGAGGCGGCUGCAUGGGGACAUUGACCCUGCAGCCCUUCCAGAAAAUUGGUCCUGUGACCAAAAUACAGACUCGCAGUACAAUUGCUGUACUGCCCCUGAGGAGAUCUGGACGGGGGGUGAAGGUGAGGUGGCCUAUGCCUCCUACAUCCCAGGAUCCAUCAUCUGGGCAAAGCAGUACGGCUACCCCUGGUGGCCAGGCAUGGUAGAAUCUGAUCCUGAUCUGGGGGAAUAUUUUCUUUUUGCUUCUCAUCUUGAUUCCCUGCCGUCUAAAUAUCAUGUGACAUUUUUUGGAGAAACAGUCUCUCGUGCUUGGAUUCCUGUCAGCAUGCUAAAAAAUUUUCAGGAGCUUUCCUGGGAGCUCUCUGGAGUGAAAAAGUGCAAGAACAAGGAUUGCAGCAAGAAACUGAGGACAGCCCUGAGCAUGGCUCAGGAAGCAGAAAAGAUUAGUGUUCGGAGGCGAAUUAAUAUGUUUGGUUUCUGGAGCCGAUACAGUGGAUCUGAUAGUACUGAAGAAAAAGAAGUAAUGCUCUCAGGGAAUGGUAGCCCAAAUUCUUUGCUGGAAAAUGAAGAGGAAACAUUAGAGGAGGAGGAAAUGGAGGAACAGAUAAAAGAUACAACUUUGCCCAGUCGCAAGGCGCACAAAAAUAAAACCAAAAAAUCCAGAGCAAGAGGCACAGCUCAUGGUCAAGGUGGGACUCUGCAAAAGAAGGUAAUGAAGAGAUCUCUGGGAAGUGACCCUACAGCUCCGGUCCCUAUAGCAGGAAAGAAAGAACAAACCAGGUCAGACCCCGACCAGCCAAGAUCUAAGAAAAAAUUUAAAACUCCCCAAAGCAAGGACUCACAAACCAGCUUGUUUAUCAACAAAGAAGCUAGACAUGUGCUAAAGGCCCUGAUCCCACCAGUUCAUUGUGGAGCUUUUUCCAUGGUGGGAACAGAAGGGUCCGGACCCCAAGAGCUGCUGCCUCCAGAGCAUGGCGGUGUCCCCUCUGGUGAUGAAGUUUCCAGUGACCUGGACCUGGAGCAGCUCAGGGAAGAGCCUGGCAGAGAGCCUGAGCAGAAGGAGGAGCUCCAGCAGAGUGACCGCGGGGACGAGCACCCCACUGAGGAGAGCGCCACCGAGGAGUAGUUGGGACAGCUUCUCAGAGGGGUUCCGGCUCCGGAGAGGCUGACAGGUUUCAGAGUUGUUUAGUAGUUGUGCAGUUUAUAUGCGAAUAAACUAGACUCUUGGUUGAAUUGGUUUGUUCCCCUCUCACCAGAUUCUUUUUGGGCCCCUCUCCCUCCUGCCAUGUGGCUUUCACAUCAUUGUUCCCAGGGGAGGCCUUUGGAGUAGGCAGAUCUGGAAAGUCCUCUGAGAAGGACACGAGUCUGGGCUCAGCCCCUGCCAGGCUGUGUGGCGGGGGAAGUACCAGAGGCUACUGACAUGGCCCACCCCUGGAGAGCCUUCAGGACUGCCUGUGGGGAAAAGGGAGCUCAAUGGGGCCCAACUGGCUGUCAGCGCUGGGGGCGGCCUGAUGCCAUCACUGACUGAACAGAAGUCCCAGAGAGGGUCUUGGGGCUGAGUAUUCCGUCAGCUUGGGUAAGGCUGGAAGAAUCCAGUGGAAGUUGAUGUCUGGUUUUGUUCGUUUGUCUUUACUCUUUGGUCACACCCAGUAGUCCUCAGGCUUCAUGUUCAGGAAUCAGUCCUGGUGGUACAUAGGGGAUCACUUAGGGGUGCCAGGGAUCAAAUCAGGGGUGGCUGCAUGCAAGGCAAAUGCCUCACCCACUCUAUUGUCUCUUUGGUCUCUUCUUGACAUUUUCUCGUAGGUGCCAGUUCCCAGGUCCUUCUAUUUGCAUGGUAGGGAAGAAUGGAAGAGGGCGCUGGGGCAGACGGCUCUUCUUCCCAGGACUGGUGACAGUCAAA